AUGGCCGGGCUGCAGCCCGAUAUUUAUGCAGCCAUCAGCAUCACUUGGGUCGCGGCCUUUCUGGCCCUCAGUCUGCGACUCAAAGCACGACGAAUGACCAAAAUGAACCUCUGGUUCGACGAUUACUUCGCCAUUAUCGCACUGAUCUUUGUAUCAAGCUACUGUUCAGUUACAAUCUACUGGACGCAUAGCUACAACCUCGGCCAAUCCAUCCUCACGAUCGAAGACCCAAUCGAAGCGAACCGUAUCCAAGACCGAUCGCGACUUUUACUCUGGAUCUGCGAACUUCUCUACGCCUCGUCGAUUGCAUUCUGCAAACUCAGCAUCCUCUGCUUUUACUGGCGCGUCUUUCAGUACACCUCGAUUCGAUACGCCAUCAUUGGCUUACUUGUCGCUGUGAGCAUAUGGAUAACUAUUCGAACAUUCAUGGUCAUCUUUCACUGCGUGCCGAUUCGAGCAUAUUGGGAUAAGAGCAUACAAGGCGCUAAAUGCCCAUUUAACGAAGCUAAUUUCUUCUUUGCCACGAUUCUUAUACAUACGACUAUGGAUUGUGUUAUCUUGAUUUUACCGGUCAUCGAAGUUAUGAAGAUGACACUGCCUUUAUCGCAAAAGUUGGCUGUUGUUGGACUAUUUACAUCUGGAACCAUGUAG